CCGCUGGCCCUUCGGGAGAGGCGUCAACGCUACUAGAUAGGGCGAAAACGUCAGCUGACAAGGGGGCUCCUUUUCCAACAUGGCCGCCUGGCAGGAGAUGCCGCUGUCAGGGAACAAGAGGGGAAAAGGCAGCGUGAUCGCGCUCUGGUCCUUGGGAGCCUUGUGGCUGGCUUGUCUCGCAGCGCGGGGCGCGGCGGGUGGCGACCCUUCUCUGAAGUGCGAAGACCUGAGAGUCGGCCAAUAUAUUUGUGAAGAUCCUAAAAUUGACAAUGAAACACAAGAACCUUUGAACUGUACAAAUCACACUGCAUAUGUUGCCUGUCUUCCAGCACCAAAUAUUACUUGCAAGAAUUUAUUUGGGAAUGAAACCCAAUUUACUGGAAAGGAAAUUGGAUUUUACAAGCCUAUAGAGUGCCGAAACGUAAAUGGUUACUCCUACAAAGUAGCAGUGGCUCUGUCUUUAUUUCUUGGAUGGCUGGGAGCAGAUAGGUUUUAUCUAGGGUAUCCUGCAUUAGGUUUAUUAAAGUUCUGCACAGUAGGAUUUUGUGGAAUCGGUAGUUUAAUAGACUUCAUUCUGAUUUCAAUGCAGAUCGUAGGACCUUCUGAUGGCUCUAGUUACAUCAUAGAUUAUUAUGGAGCAAGACUUACCAGACUGAGUAUUUCUAAUGAGACAUUCAGAAAACCACAAAUAUACCCUUAAAUAUGCCGAGUUCAGCUGAACAAAAACUAAUGGAAAGGGUCUGCCUUCAAAGGACAUGAUUUGAUGGAAGCAUCUGUGUCAUCAGUUGUCUCGUUGUCUCUGCCCAUGCCAGAAAGCAGAAGACAGCUUCAUCAUACACAGGCCAUGGUUUUGACAAUAACCAUAGCCCUGUCAAGAAUAGGACAGUGACUUUCCUUUUAAAUUAUUUUGUUAAAUAAGAAUAAGCAAUGGACAUAAAUUAUGGGAAAUGCAUCAUGAAUUACUGCACAAUGGACUUAAUACAAAUUGCAUAAAAACUGUGAAAAGCGUAUGUGCGAACAUAAAAGUAAAGGCAGGAAGAAAUGACCUCAGAUUCAGCAUCCCUUUCCUGACUGCUCUUUAAAAGCAAGAGGAGAAGCCAAACAAAAAAAAUGUUGUUUUACAGAUGUACCAAGUUCCAGCUCAUUCAUUCUCUCCCUCCCUUGCAUCAAGUACAUCCUGUACUUUGGCUACAAGUUGACUGGAUAUUUAAAAGCUGCGAACUGCUCUGAAAGUUUCACAUAGUGGGUUAUGGGCCAUGUGUGUUUGAUCAAAAUUCAAUUACUGCACUGUGCCAGGCUUGGAAACCUAUCAUUGCAAGUUAUGAAGUAUGACGAAAUAAGCUACUCUAAUUGGUUCAGUAUGGGAAGCAGUCUCAACCAAGCUUGUUAUGAUAAAUAGCUUCCUGUGUUAAAGGUUCUCUGGAGCUUAAGUGUCUUGGCUCACCUCCUUCAACAGAAUAAGAAUAUUGUUCCCUAGGAACACUUACAUCACUGUCCCUCUCCCCAAAUCAGAGCUAAAUGUUUGUAGCAUUUUCAUCUUGCUGUUCGUGAGGAAUAUAAACAAUGGUCAUUGCUGUCAUUUCCCUUGUCUUCUUUCUGUCACUUCUUCCAACCAUAAAGCAUUUUACUUUUCCCAGUAUGAAGAGAGGUAUAAAAAGUCUCUUAAUAUUUCAGCACAACUACUGUUGGCAAUUUCACUUUUGUCAGCUUUGUUGCCACCUUGAAAGUCUUAACUGUUGUUUAAAGUCAAGUCUACUUAAUAAGAGUUAAAAUAAGAGGGGAAUGCACUGUGUCUCUAAGCCUACAUCAGCACUUGUUAAACAAGUUGCUGAAAGAGCGAGCUCAGUUACCGGUACUGACUUCAUAGUUUUACUUAUUGAAGUAGUGUCUGUUCUCUUAUUCUCGCAACAAUAGCCAGCUGUGAAGGAACAAGCCCAGAACAACCCCUAGCGAGAUAGCUAUAAUCGGCAACAAGAGUCUUUGUAAAAAGAUGGCUAUCCAAUGCUCUCAGCCGUUUUAGAAGGAUUUAAAACUGUGUGCCUGCCAUUUUGUUAAGAGGAAGCUAUGGAAUAUAUAUGCCUUUCCUUUAGUGGUUUGACCUGCUGGACUCAUUUACGUGUACAGGUCAUAAUGUGGUCCUCAAUCUUCUACGUUUGAUAAUUGAGCAUACCAAGUGCUGUUAUCCGGUUACCAUUUGUUUUCUGAGCUUUGAUCUCAUCAUAGCGUGCCAUAAUAUUUAAAUGUCCUGUUUAACCUUCUGCUAAGAGAUGUGCGUAAUGCUGAAGUCGGCAUUUCCAGUUUAUGCUAGAUCCACUGCAAAAAAAGAGAAAUGUUCCAUUUUAAAAAGCAAUCUCCUUAGUCAUCACUUAAUCAAGCGAUGACUAAGUGCAGCAAUACAAAAUUAGGGGGAGGAAAACUUGGUACAAUAAAUUUGAGUAUCUACGUCAGAGAAAUAAA